CCACCUUCUUGCUGUGGCCUGCAGUCGGCAGCCACACCUCCAGCGUGGCAGGCAGCCGAUAGCAAUGACGCACCUGUACCUACCAGAUCUUGGCUGGCUGCCUUUUCCGCUGCCAUAUUUGGCAAGGUUGCGGUGUCCCGCGUGUUAACUUUUAUUUGUUUGCCUGAUGGCUUCUGGAGAUACGGAGGCGGUGACGCCGUCCGGGAAGGUGUCAUUCCAUUAGGGCUGAGGAUAAGGCAAAGUUGCCGGUAGUUUCUGCCUGCUCGAGCGUAGUUUUAAAACAGACACGAGGAUUAUUAUUUUCUUCCUUCCUCAUCCGGAGAUCAAAAUGUUUGACAGACGUCGCCACGGGGCAGUCGCUGCUGCGGUUGACAAUUGAUGUGGCCUGGCAGGAGGAUGGACAGCGUCAAAGUCUUAAGGUUGACCCUACAGAAUGACCUCCCCGGGGACCGACCUGACCAAAUAAAGCAAAAGCCGGUGGGCAGAGCCUUCGCCAUGGUGGCCAGCCGACCCACGAGUAGCCACACCCUGGCGUCCGAAUGCGUCAAGUGUAAUGAGGGGGAAGAGGAGAUCAUUAAGGUGUACCUGAAAGCCCGGGCCGAAGACAGGGCGAAGCAUGAAAACGGGCCCUCUCCGUUGACAAACGACAGCUGUCACCCAGAGAAUAAGUCAAACGGCUUCCAGCCUCUUCGGACAGUGACGUACCGCACCGUAUCUAUAAGCCAGGACGAACCCGCCUAUCCCACCGAGGACAUCUCCGUCAUGCGCGAGACAACCAAAAGACUCUUUUCAAAACUUCAGGAGGCUGAGAAGAGGCAUCAGUCCGAUCGGGCGGCCUAUGAGACGUCGAUCUCGCAUUAUCGGAGAGAAGCAGAACAUUCGGGCAUCGCCCUCCGGAAAGCCGAAACGGAACUGGAAAUGAAGGACCUUAAAUUGGAAGAAUUGCAACGGCUCCUCACCGGCAUGGAGAAGGAACACCAGAUCCUCCUGCAAAAAGUUCGAGAUGGAGAAAUGCAGCUGGAAGACCUGCGGAGCUCGGAGAAGGACAAGGCAGCCGAGCAGGAAAGGUGAGGCCGCCG